AUUAUCACGCCAUCAAAGAGCCGAAGCCAAGUCGUAGGAGUAACCGCGAUUUCUUGUGUGACAGGGAAGAAUAGAAUCAUUCUCUGAUCCCAUUUAAAAUCAAUCUCCAUUGCAUUCGCCAGCAAAAUUAUCAGACUAGCGAGGCAAGGAUCGACGUUGGGACGGUAAACAAGAAAUUCCCCAAACAUUUUCUUCGUGAAGGUCGCCAAUAAUGCCGGCGACAAAGCCCAAAGCUUCUACUCAGAACACAGCCAAAAUGAGUCCACGCGUUUGGUUUUACUCCAUUUUGCUGACUCUUCAAUACGGAGCGCAACCUCUCAUCUCCAAACGCUUCACCAAACGGCAAGUAAUUGUAACUUCAUCAGUCUUGACAUGUGAGAUAGCCAAGGUUGCAUGUGCUCUUAUUCUCAUGGCAAAAGAUGGUAGCUUAAAGAAACUGGCGAAGGAAUGGACUUUGAUGGGUUCACUUACUGCAUCAGGUCUUCCUGCAGCAAUUUAUGCACUUCAAAACAGCUUGUUGCAGAUAUCUUACAGGAAUCUUGAUUCACUUACUUUCUCAAUGCUGAACCAGACAAAGAUAUUUUUCACUGCCUUAUUUACAUAUAUCAUACUGAGGCAGAGGCAGUCAAUUCAACAAAUCGGGGCUCUGUUCUUGUUGAUCAUGGCUGCCAUUCUUCUAAGCAUUGGUGAAGGCUCUAGCAAAGGUUCUAGCAGUGGUGACCCUGAGCAAAUUCUAUUUUAUGGAAUUGUCCCAGUCUUAGUUGCUUCUGUACUCUCUGGUCUGGCUUCUGCAUUAUGUCAAUGGGCUUCUCAAGUCAAGAAGCGCUCAUCAUACUUGAUGACUGUAGAAAUGUCCAUUGUUGGAAGCUUGUGCUUACUGGCUAGUACCUCUAAGUCUCCAGAUGGAGAAGCUAUCAGACGCCAUGGAUUCUUUUAUGGUUGGACUCCACUAACUUUGAUUCCGGUUGUAGCCAAUUCUCUUGGUGGGAUUCUUGUUGGCCUUGUCACCAGCCUUGCUGGUGGUGUGAGAAAGGGGUUUGUCAUUGUUUCAGCACUUCUUGUAACAGCCAUGCUGCAAUUCCUUUUUGAAGGAAAGCCGCCGUCAGUGUAUUGUCUCGUGGCUCUUCCACUUGUCAUCAGUAGCAUUUCGAUAUACCAGAAAUAUCCAUACCAAGUUAAAAAGAAGGAAGCCUAAAAACUUGCAGGCUGAUAAGGGGAUUUCUCAGAGUGGCCCCAAUUGUUAUAGUUUCCAUUUGUUUUCCCAAGUUUUAGGGGAGGGGUAACAGGAAUUUUAGGAUGUUGUACUUACUGGCUACUAGUGUAGGCAAUGAAGAAGGCAGAUUAUACUUGAUUUCAUCUAUUUCAGGACAUUUGAAUUGGGUAUUGAUUGUGACUGAAAUUGGGAAGAACAAGAACAAGGCUUUGAUGUAGUAGUCUGACCUUUACGAGCAGUGCAAAAUCGUAUGAAUUAUGAAAUGAAUAAUCAUGCAUGUGAAGUAAUUGAGAAGUCC